AUGCCUAUCCAAUGGGACCGCGAGGCGGAUGCCAAGCUUAUUAACGCGUUAGCCACGACUGGCUCACCCGACUUCGAAGCCGUCGCCAAGGCGAUGGGAGAAGGAGUGACAGUCUCAGCUAUCAAACACCGCCUGGUUCGAAUCCGAGAAGCAGCCGGGAUCCCAUCCGCUCGGGAAGCUAAGAAGAGCAAAGCCAGUACCUCUGCCAAAGUGAAGUCCUCUGAUGACCGUCCUUCAGCCAAGUCCACUUCCACCACCACCAACAGCAAAAGCCGCAGUAUGAAGAACCCUGCUUCUACCGUUCCUGUUCACGCAGGAAAAGGUAUGAAAACCAGCAAUGAUACAUCAUCUGUGUCUUCUGGUGCCCGUUCUUGGGGCGGAAAGACUAUCUUGAAGUCUGUUACACCUACGGUUGAGGAUUAUGGUGAAAUCAAGAAAGAUGAAGAGGAUGAAAACUUGUUUUAUUUUUGA